AAAUCAAAAUUUUAAUUAAGAAAAACAAUGGUUUUUGAGGCGCCCUUUGACUACCAAUUCAGACUUAUACUGAUCGGUGACUCGACGGUCGGCAAAUCGACAUUAUUGCGGGUGUUUACCGAUUGCCAGUUCACGACGUGGUCAGAUCCUACCGUCGGUGUCGACUUUUUUGCCAAAAUCAUAACCAUUCGUAACGGAAGAGUGAGAAUUAAGUUACAGUUGUGGGACACCGCAGGACAGGAAAAGUUUCGAUCCAUAACGCGGUCCUACUAUCGUAAUAGUGUCGGAGCGCUACUGCUCUACGAUAUGACCCGACGGUCAACGUUUGAACACUUGUCCGACUGGCUGCUGGAAGCUCGCCGACACAUUGACCCGAGUCGGGUGGUCUAUCAGGUAGUGUCGUGUAAGUCCGAUAUGUUGGACGACCGUGAAGUGACCGCCGAAGAGGGCAAAACUUUUGCCGAAUUUUAUGGUUUAGAUUUCAUCGAAACGUCGGCUAAGAAUCAAUACAACGUCGACGAAACAUUUCGACGGAUAGCCGAAAAUAUCUACAACCGGGUCGAAAGUGGCCAGUUUGCUAUGGAAGAGGGCUGGGAGGGCAUCAAAAAGGGCAGUCCUAUUAGCGCCAACGGUAUCAGCUUGACCACUGCCGAUGCAUAUAAUAACAAUGGCUCCGCACAGUUACCAAUAGCCAACGGUGCAAGUAAUUGGUGUUGUUAUUAGUAUCGGUAUUGUUGUGGUCACUAGUUUUUUUAAAGUGUGUAAUACUGUAUUUAAUAUUGUUUUAUAUAUAAAUAUU